AUGGGAGGUUGUUCCAAAUUGAUCGUUGCUGCCUCCAUGGUUGCUUCGUCGUUGGAUGUAUCGUUGGUUGGUGAAUCGUGUGCGUUACAGGUUGAGAUGGCUUGGUUGCAAGAUGGUUCUGCUUCUUUUGUUCCCUUAUUGGGGGACCUGAUUAGCUACAGUGAGACGUUAUUUGAUGAGUUAUCUAAUGGUUAUGAUUCUUUUCGCUUGGGCAUCGCUACCUUUGUGGACAAGCCAUCGCCUUUUCGAGGUGUAGGUAACGGCCGAGGAAUAUCCCCUGAUCAGGGUGAGUAUGAUUACUGUUACAAACGGGCGGUUCCUCUGUCGUCGGAUGUGGACGCCAUCUCCGAGGGGUUCCAGACGGUGACGGAACUCCGAGGAGUUGGAGGUGACGGACCUGAGAACCCAUACGAAGGGUUGCUGUACUUAGCACAAGAUGGUUCCAUGGGCUUCUCCAGCCAGUCGGACGAUACCAGCCAGUCGGACGAUACCAGCCAGUCGGACGGCAAUAACCUACCCAUUGCCGCACGCAUCGUACUUAUUGUCACAGACGAUCUACCGCACUACGAGGGCGACGCCCAGUUGGGCAUUGACUGGUGGAACCCUAACUCGGGUGUAGAACCUGAGUCGCCCCACUUUUGGAGUCCUGAAUUCAUCAAUACCAAUCUGUACUAUCCAAACGAUAGCCCCGCUAUCUACGACCCCGUCAGCAACGGGACAGGCAUUGCCAGUUCGCAACCUCCGUCUUAG